GCCAAAAUUAACUCCCUCAAAUACACACCGUCAGAAGGGGGCUCUAGAAAAAGAAGUUGUGAGCUGUGAGUUGCAUUGUGAGCUGACAUACAGGGGGAGUGUAUGAAGACUGCCCAUGCUUACCAAAGAAGACAGCACAUAGGAGAUGAGGACUUAGAAAAGGUUUUGGGGAGUGUGUUUAGUGCUCGUGUGGUGGUGGAGCCAUGGGGGACUGGAAUUCGCUGGGGAAGCUGCUGGAGAGUGCCCAGGAGCACAGCACGGUGGUGGGCAAGGUCUGGCUCACCGUCCUCUUCAUCUUCCGCAUCCUGGUGCUAGGCGCAGCCGCCGAGAAGGUGUGGGGCGACGAGCAGUCGGGCUUCACCUGCGACACCAAGCAGCCCGGUUGCCAGAACGUCUGCUACGACAAGACCUUCCCCAUCUCGCACAUCCGCUUCUGGGUGCUGCAGAUCAUCUUCGUGUCCACGCCCACGCUCAUCUACCUGGGCCACAUCCUGCACCUGGUGCGCAUGGAGGAGAAGCAGAAGCAGCGGGAGAAGGAUCUGGCCGACCAGCUGGAGGAGGCGCAGCUGACCGCCGCUGCCGCCGCCCACGCCAGCGGCGACAAGCAACAGCUGCUGCUCCUGGCGCCUGACGCUGCCGUCGCCAUCGCCAAGGGCCGCAAGGCGCCAGUGCGCGACGAGCAGGGCCGCAUCCGCCUACAGGGGGUGCUGCUGCGCACCUACGUCUUCAACAUCAUCUUCAAGACGCUGUUCGAGGUGGGCUUCAUCGUGGCGCAGUACUUCCUUUACGGCUUCGAUCUCAAGCCGCUGUACACGUGCAACCGGCCACCGUGUCCCAACGUGGUCAACUGCUACAUCUCGCGCCCCACCGAGAAGACCAUCUUCAUCCUAUUCAUGCUGGUGGUGGCGUGCAUCUCGCUGCUGCUCAACCUGGUGGAGAUGUAUCACCUGGGCUUCACCAAGUGCCGCCAAGGCCUGAAAUACCGACGCACGCAGUCAGUUCUGACCGGUGGCAGCGGAGGGAACAAGCCGCCCAGCAACACGACGGAGGCAGUGGUGCCCUUCGCCGUGCCCAGCUACAGCUACUACCCGCAGCCAGCCACGGCGCCCGAGCCCUACACCUCCGAGUCCCACUACGGCAUGACGGAGCCGGACUCGGCCUUCCAGCCCUACAGCAGCAAGGUGGCCUACAAGCAGAACAGGGACAACCUGGCGGUGGAGCGCAGCGGCAGCACCAAGCCUGACACCGCAGAGAUGAAGCCCAAGAGGAGCUCCAGCUCGGCCCCGGGCUCGCCCAUGCAGAACCAGCGUCGGCCCAGCCGCUCCAGUCGCCACAGCAACAACAAAACACGGCUGGAUGACCUCAAGAUCUGAUACGGGGGGCAAAAGGAAACUGGAAUAGUGGGUAGCUGCCUAAUGGUGGGCUUGGCACAUACAAAGAGCCUUUACCUUAAUGAGAAAAUAACAGCAAAGAGUGUUACAGCCUGUGGAUAGUUUAUCCUGAACAUUAAAGAUUUACUUGAAAACUGAGUCAGAACAAUGAAAUCUUUGUCAGAAGUUGUCUGGCAGUGAGAGGACAGGCUCUUGUUCUGUUUCACUUCUGAUGUUCUGAUGUACAGAUUUUACAUUUGUUUUCCUAUUUGGGCAUUUGUUAUGGGAAUGUGAGUAAAGCUGUGCUGUCUAGGGAUUUGCUAUUACAUUACAUUACAUUACAUUUUGAUACUUUUAGGUGGAUCUUAACAAAGAAGUAGAAUGAGAGAUCCUAACAUUAGUGAAAGUAUAUUGAAGGUUUGGACAGAUACUUUCGAUAUUGAAUGCUUUGCGUUAUUUUUCUUGCCUAAGUGGUUAUGGGUACACGCACAUGCACACACACACACACACACACACACACACACACAGAUGUGCACGUAUAGACAUGUUGAGUUGCAUAAAUGUAUGUAUAGGGUGCACACCAAGGCCCAAUAAAUUUUGGCACAUGGCAUACCAGGACAGACAUCAAGUUUCCUGCAACAGAUCAUAUUACUGUGCCAUGCAAUAGCACAUUGUGGGAGGUUUGUCAGUAAAUAGAUUUAGUAUAUGAAUUUGAGAGGUUGACUGAAUGCCUUGAGCAUUUGAGUUUUUAAACACGCUGUGCACACACUGUCUUUAUUAUUAGGAUGGGGGCGUUCAUGUUCUUUCUUUUUACACCGGUCCAAUUGAAAUGAGACAUUGUGGAUGUGACUUAAAAUGGCAGCUGAUUGAUGGUUGUCAGAGAAAUAAAAUGAGUUUACUGUGAAUGAAAGA